AUGCCGCAGGGCGACGAUCGCUUCCCCCAACCCACAUUACAGCUGCUUCCACCCUCGUCUACCUCGCACCGUCCUCGUCCCUAUUGUGCCUCCGGAUACAUCGCCGUCCCGAUCAGCACGACGACCACCAAAACGACGAAGACGACGACGACGACGACGAAGACGACACCCAAGCCCUUUGCCGUCGCCGCUGCAGCCGCUGCGACGCCCGAGGCCGCCUCUGCCACUGUCUCCCCCACCGCCUCGACCAUCGUCGGCAACCAGGCCUCGGCUUCCCAUCCCACCAACCCUCGCUAUCGUCCUGCCUCGCCAACCCUUACCAACUUCACUCCGGGACAGCAAUGGAAAACGCCUGAUAUCGGUCGGUAUGGUUUGACGUAUACUGAUCCAAGUUGCGAUCCUUCAUUCGACGCCGUCUCCGCGUCCCUCUUAACGCCCACAUCCGAUCCGACUUCCCCGACAGCACCGUCGCAUACGGAAUCAUCCUACUCGCCGAGGUAUAUAACGACCUCCCAGACCAAGCGCCAGUCAGACGAAGAAUUGGACACUAUUCAUACACAGCCGUCACCUUUCAAGAAGGCGCGCACUCGCCUGGCCCCCCCUCGAUUCAUCUCUCUUCCCAACCAACCUCCACCCUCGGCCAUUCUGGCGAGGCGAAACCAAGGCCUCAUCUCCCCUCUAUUUUUUUCUUCCUCCGGCAUCCGACGACAGAUGCCCCCUCGACCCAAUCCCCUUCCCCCUUCAGACGCCGCCGCUGUCCUCCUGGCCCGUCUGAGGGAGGAUACCGAGGCAGUCCACACCGUCCGCCUACCACGCGGUACCGUUCACUCCCAUCGCCCCGUCAGGUCCGGCAGCACUCCGGGUAGCAGCAGCCUGUCGUCGUCUGCAGACGCGACACUCCCAUCCUCCACAAAGAGCCCGAACAGCCAAACCCUUCCUCAAGGUUUACACAUAUUGAGAGGGGUCGGAGUAGUGGAGCUGCUGGAGCAGGACGAGCGUCCGACCUUCAUCAUCGAUCUUGCGAACCCCGUCAACAUCCAAAAGACGGGGCUGCACCUGCUCUACGCCAAUGCUGCACUGCGGGCUUCCGCAGGCAUCCUCGAGCUGCUGUCUGUCGAAGGCGAUGAUAUCUCCAACAACACCGACUAUGUCAACUUUAAAAGUUGGACCACGAGUUUUGUCUUGAACCACGAGUCACUCGACGUAUGUCUACCUUCUCACAAAUAUGGAGGCAUCACGUGGACCUGCUCGACCUUGCGCAAACGCUUUCGCUUCGUGAGCGGGAGCACCAGUGCCGUAUCGACGGCUCCCGAUUCCCCCGGCCCCUUGGCCGAAGAGUCCGCUGUUCUCGAGCAGCGAAGCAUAGGCCCCACGCCAGAUCAGCCACCCGCUGUACCCAUGGACGAUGAACCCGAUUACUUUGGUGACAUUGACCCCGACUCUCAUGAUGACACCCCGCUUGCGAACGACUGUGUGAUGAUGGACAAUGGCGAGAAGUAUCAUUCCGACGAGUUCACCCAGCAAGUGUUUCAGGCAGCCAUGUCGAAGCCGUCUUACGACUGGACCCGGAUCCAAGCCACUCCAGAUUUGGGCGAGCACAUCCUCUUUUGUCGACAAACUGACUGGGCCUCCACGUCACUGGGCCCUAUAGAGCAUUGGACGCCGGAACUGCGGGCCAUGGCCAACAUGGUCAUGGGCAGUCCCCAUCCCGCUGCCAUGUACUGGGGAGAGGAUUACGUCACUAUUUACAACGAGGCUUAUAUCGAACUCGCUGGCCAGAAGCAUCCUAAACUCAUGGGCGCGCGUUAUCAAGAUGCCUGGUCCGAAAUUUGGGGCGACCUCGGACCCAUUGUCAACAACGCUUGGACGAACGGCCAGGCGGUCAUGAAAAACGACAACCAGCUCUUCAUCAAUCGGCACGGGUUCCUGGAGGAGACGUUUUUUUCAUGGUCACUCAUCCCUCUUUUGGGCAGCGAGGGCCAGGUCGUCGGCCUUUACAACCCCGCUUUUGAGAAUACCCGUCGCAAGGUCAAUGAACGUCGCAUGCUUACGCUGCGCGAAGUUGGCGAGAAGACGGCUGCUGCUAAAGACGUUAGGGGAUUCUGGUCACGAGUAAAAGAGGGCCUGGAGUUCAACGACGUGGAUGUGCCGCUCGCCCUCAUCUACUCCGUCAAGGACGACAACAGCGAAAGCGAAGUGUCUUCAAUGCACUCGGGGAGCAUAGCGCAUCCUCCGUUGCUACAGCUCGAAGGCAGCCUGGGCGUCCCCGAAGGACACCCGGCAGCCCUGAGUCACCUUGACCUGAAGUCUUCAGACGAAGGUUUCGCGCCCUACAUGCGGCAGUCCAUGACGAUGCAAGGAGCGCCCAUUGUGUUGUCGUCUGAAGCCGGCAACCUCCCGACAAAGCUUCUCGAGGGCCUGGAUUGGAGAGGCUUCGGUGAUCCGUCCAGGACGAUUGUUAUCCUUCCCGUUCAUCCCACCACGGCCGGCGAGUCUGUCGUAGGGUUCAUAAUUCUCGGAACCAACCCCCGUCGGCCGUACGACGACGAGUACCAACUCUUCAUACAUCUACUGUCAAGACAAUUAGCCACUUCGAUGGCAUCAGUCGUGUUGUUCGAAGAAGAGAUCAGGAGAGGCCAGAGGGCAGCUCGUCUGGCUGCGCUGGAUCGCCAGGAACUUCAGAUGGAGUUGUACCUGAGGACACAAGAAGCGGUCGAGAGCGAGUACAAAUUCACGCGAAUGGCGGAGUUUGCGCCGGUUGGCAUCUUCAUUGCGAACGACAAGGGUCUUAUCAAUUUCGCCAACGACAUGUGGUGGCAAAUCUCGCGACACCCGAAAGCAGAGGACAGCGUCAAUACGUGGAUGCAGAGCGUGAUGGACGAAGACCGCCCAGGGGUUGAGCGCUCUUGGCGCCAGCUCAUUGAAGAAAAAGAGCCCAUGACAAUCGAGUUCCGCUUCAAGUGCAGCCGCCAAAAUGGACUCAACACCAUUGAUACUUGGGUUUUGAUGAGCGCCUUCCCCGAGCAGACUGAGGACGGCAAUCUCAAGAGCAUCUUUGCCUGCAUAACGGAUAUUUCGCCGCAGAAAUGGGCCGAGGACUUCCAGAAGCAACGCAGAGAAGAGGCGGUAGAGCUCAAGCGCCAACAGGAGAAUUUCAUCGACAUAACCAGUCACGAGAUGCGCAACCCACUGAGUGCCGUCCUCCAGUGCGCCGAUGAAAUCGUGAACAGCAUCGCCGAAUACCGCUCGCAGCAACGGGACGACAAGCAACUCGAGGUUCUAUUGGAAGGCUGUGCGGAAGCCGCCCAUACCAUCAACCUAUGCGCCAGUCACCAAAAGCGCAUCGUCGACGACGUACUUACCUUGUCGAAGCUUGACUCGCAACUCUUGCUCGUUACCCCGGUCGACUCCCACCCCACCACGGUAGUGAGGCACGUCAUCAAGAUGUUCGAGUCGGAGUUGAACACGCACGACAUCAAACUGGAGUUCUCUAUCGACCAGGCCUACGUCACCCAUGCUGUCGACUGGGUUAGACUGGACCCCUCAAGGUUAAGCCAGGUGCUGAUCAACCUCAUGACGAACGCCAUCAAGUUCACCCAGGGGCGCGAGAAACGUGUCAUCACAAUGAGGAUGAGCGCCUCAAAAAACAUCACCGAGGUCACAGAGAAGGGCGUCUCCUUCUUCCCGACUCGUAAGGAGGACGUUCAGGCCUUAACCAAAGAAAAGGACUGGGGCACCGGGGAAGAGAUCAAUCUUCACUUCUCGGUGCAGGAUACAGGGCCGGGCCUUCGCGAAGACGAGAAGAAGCUCCUGUUCCAGCGAUUCUCCCAGGCCUCACCCCGCACCCACGUACAAUACGGCGGAUCAGGGCUCGGUCUCUUCAUCUCGCGGAUGCUCGCCGAGCUGCAAGGUGGGCAGAUUGGCGUCGUCUCCGAAAAGGGCAUCGGCAGCACUUUUGCGUUUUACGUCAAGUGUCGCAAGACGGCCACGCCAAGCUCAGAGUCAGCGACCCUUUCGGCGCUCAACCUGGCCCGACCCAUCAAGAACGAGUCCAUCUCGGCACCAAAAGCCCUGCCGCUCGCUAGCCUGCCCAGUCGGACAACCCCCAAAGAGCAGGUCGUCACAGAAACGCUGCUCUACGACGUACUCAUUGUCGAAGAUAACAUUGUGAACCAGAGGGUUCUGCGAAAGCAACUACAGAACUGCGGCAACAAAACACAUGUUGCGAACCACGGGGGCGAGGCGCUCGACCAGCUCAAGAAGUCGCGUUUCUGGGCUGGAAAAGAAUCGUCGGGGUUCGAUCUUAGCGUUAUCCUUAUGGAUCUGGAGAUGCCGGUCAUGGAUGGAAUGACGUGCGCGAAACGCAUCCGUGAGCUGGAGAGGGAGGGAACUCUCGUCACGCAUAUACCGAUUAUCGCCGUCACAGCCUACGCGCGGCCAGAGCAGAUUGAGAGCGCGAAAGCCGCCGGUAUCGACGACGUGAUUUCCAAGCCCUUCAGAAUACCAGACUUGAUGCCCAAGAUCGAGGAGCUAGUUUCGAAGUACAGAGCAAUAGCUACUGUAGAACCUGUAGCCUCGGUCUGA